AUGGCCCGUGCUUUGUGUUUGGGACUUGGGUUUUGGUUGGCGUCAGGCGAGGUGCACCCGGAGCGCGCCGCAUUGCUCGCGGAGGUGCAACAGAUACCGGGGCUCACCUGGACCCCGGGCCUCGUGGAACGCUUUGCGGCGGAAGCGCCCGGAAAUUCCAAAAGCUACGGCGUCAAGGGCAACGUGUCCGAGGCCAUCCAAAAGGCAAUCCAGCGCGGGGAUUUGGAGCGUGUGCUCUUCAUCGACGACGGCGAACUCCCAGAAAACUUUGACUCGGCUCAACAGUGGCCGGAGUGCGCCAAGAUGAUCAAUGACAUUCGUGACCAGUCCAACUGUGGUUGCUGCUGGGCCUUCGCAGGUGCCGAAGCAGCCUCGGAUCGCAUGUGCAUCGCCACCAAGGGAAAGACCAUGGUGCCCAUCUCGGCUCAGGAUGUGUGCUUCAACUCCAACCCGGAUGGCUGUGAUGGCGGCAUGAUCGACACCCCCUGGAGCUACAUCAAGUCCACGGGUGCGGUCAGUGGUGGCCAAUACCAGGGCACUGGACCCUUCGGCAAGGGCCUCUGCAGCGAUUUUUCAUUGCCUCACUGCCAUCACCAUGGGCCCCAGGGCAAAGAUCCUUACCCCGCAGAGGGCAAGCCGGGAUGCCCCUCAGAGUCGUCCCCAGCUGGGCCCACCAAGUGUGAUUCCACGGCCAAGGCGCCACAUGAUGACUUUAAAAAGGACAAGUACAGCUACAACGGCAAGACCCAGACCGCAUCUGGAGAGAAGGCCAUUCAGCAGAUGAUCAUGGCAGGCGGCCCAGUGGAAACUGCCUUCACGGUCUACUCGGACUUUGAGCUGUACACCCACGGCAUUUACAAGCACGUCUCUGGGUCAGCCGCUGGUGGGCAUGCCGUGCGCAUGGUUGGUUGGGGUGUGGAGAAUGGCGUGAAGUACUGGAAGAUUGCGAACUCUUGGAACCCGUACUGGGGCGAGAAGGGUUUCUUCCGCAUCAUCCGCGGCACCAACGAGGGUGGCAUCGAGGAUCAGGUGGUUGGCUCCUCUCCCAGCGCCACCUGGACCCAUGGUGGACAGGGCGAGGCUCAGAUCGUGUCCAGCUCAACCACAGCAGCUCGCAGAGCUCGACCAAUGCCAUGGCACCGCGCGUGUCCCGAAGGGUUGGAGAUCCGGCCCUGCGACGCGGCGAAGGGCAAUGGGCUCUUCACCACAAGGGCUUUGGAGGAGGGCCAACAGCUUUUCGAAGAAGAUCCCGUCUGCGGCAUGGCUCUGCUGAUGUUUGACCAGACCAAUGUGACAUGCCAUUGCCAGCACUGCAUGAAGUACGUCGAAGGAGGCGAAGCAUCGCUGGUGCUUUGUGCCUUGGGGUGCGGAGCUUGGUACUGUUCGGAGGCGUGCAGGGAGGACGCCUUCGUAGCACAUCAUUCUGUGCUGUGUUCCUCCUCGAACCCCCGCUGGGCCGACUACGAGCAACAGGCGCGCGAAUGUUGCAAUGAGUACUACGUCCUGGCCGCCAGGGCGCUGGCUACCUUAACCUCGGAGUUUUCCGUUGAGCAAGAUCUCUGGGACCAAAGUCCUUGGUCCGGCUACGCCUCGCCCUGCUGGUGGGAGACCAUGAAGAGACCCAUCUACGAGGAGUCCGACUCCGACACUUCGGGUCCAGCCUUUGACUCAGAGGAUGAGGAGUCCUUGGAUCGUUUCUUCCAAUCCACGGUGCGCAGCCAAACCUCCGAGAUGGGCGACGUGUUGCUGUCGGUCUUGGAGGGAAAGACCUGUGCCCUCGCAGAGGCGUUGUUGCGCUCGGGUCCCGAAGCCCUGGGGCGGCUGAUGGGUUUACUGCGGGUGAACGCCAUGGCACUGCACGCCCAGGUGGCCAGCGGAGAUGGAGAUGCUGAAGAUGUAGCCAAAGGCAUGGCAAUAUACAGUGUCACUUCCGCCAUGAACCACGACCCUGCAGCCAACUGCUUUGUUUCCAGCGACCCGGCCUAUCCGCAGCGGUGUUUGGUGCGAACCCUCCGGCCGAUUGAGCCCGAGGAGGAGCUAUGCAUUGAUUACCUGCAGGGAUCGCCCUAUAGCAUGGAGCAGAGGAACCAGGUGCUGCUGCAGCAGUAUGGCAUCGUGGCUUGAAGCGGAUUCAGCCUACUUGGUGAGGAACUGGUGAGUUGGAG